AUGAAGCUUCACAAGGACUACUAUGGCUACUACUAUCCCAACCAGUCUCAGAGAGCCGCUUUAGCUGGCCUUUUGGUGGUCCUCUUUCCGGCCUUCUUCCCAAAUCUCUUCGGCCCAUUAGGCCGUGCCUCUCCUUCCAUCUUCUCAGAGUGGAAUGCUCCAAAGGCCAGACAUUUGCAUCUUCUAAAUCCAGCUUUACUUCUCCAAUCUUCUGUUGAGCAACAGAGCAAGCUAUGGUCUCCACUGCCCAACCAAGGAUGGAAACGUUGUCUUGAAGAGUCUAAAAGUCUAUCAUUGACACCAAAAGGAUCUACUGGGUAUAUUCAGGUGUUCCUUGAUGGAGGCUUGAACCAGCAGAAAAUGGGGUUAAUCCUGUGUGGCAAGAUUCGAGGUAUAUCUUCCUUUGAGGAAAUUUUUGAUUUGGAUCACUUUAUUGAAGUCCUACGCGAUGAAGUUUCUAUAGUUAAAGACCUGCCUAGUGAAUUUUCUUGGAGCACUAGGGAUUAUUAUGCUACUGGCAUUCGGAUUACUAGAAUAAAAACAGCACCUGUCCAUGCCUCUUCUGAUUGGUAUCUGGAAAAUGUCUUGCCCAUAUUGCAGAGAUACGGAGUUGCUGCUAUUUCCCCAUUUUCUCAUCGUUUGACUUUUGAGAACUUACCUAAAAGCAUCCAGCGCCUCCGUUGGAAUUGGGAGAAAACCCUUGUUAAUCGUCUCCGCUACCCUCCUAAUAGAAACCAAGGCGCAGCAAGUGACUCACAGGACGGAACAAAUCAAAUUGAGAAACAGGGAGCUGGGAAAUUUGUUGUUUUGCAUCUUCGCUUUGAUAAAGAUAUGGCUGCUCAUUCAGCCUGUGAUUUUGGUGGUGGUAAAGCUGAGAAACUCGCCCUUGCAAAAUAUCGGCAAGUAAUUUGGCAGGGUAGGGUUCUAAAAUCUCAGUUUACAGAUGAGGAGUUGAGAAAUCAGGGGCGUUGCCCAUUGACUCCUGAAGAGAUUGGGUUGCUGCUAGCAGCUUUGGGCUUCAACAAUAGUACCCGGCUCUAUCUUGCUUCUCACAUGGUUUAUGGCGGAGAAGCAAGGAUCUCAACUUUGAGAAGAUUAUUUCCACUAAUGGAAGACAAGAAGAGUCUUGCCUCUGCAGAGGAAAGGGCCAAAGUUGAAGGCAAGGCUUCUCUAUUAGCCGCAGUUGACUAUUAUGUGAGCAUGCAAAGUGACAUCUUCAUCUCUGCUUCUCCCGGGAAUAUGCACAAUGCACUGGUCGGCCAUCGCGCUUACAUGAACUUGAAGACUAUUAGACCAAGCAUGUCAUUGUUGGGAAAGCUUUUCGUGAAUAAGAGCAUGGAAUGGUCAGAGUUCCAACAUGCAGUUCUGGAUGGGCAUAAAAGUAGACAAGGGCAGAUUAGGUUGAGGAAGGAGAAGCAGUCCAUAUAUACAUAUCCUGCUCCUGAUUGCAUGUGUCAAGCUUAA